AUGCCGGCCCAAAAGGUCCCUACCCGAUUCAAGCAUGCACGCGCCAAGUUCUUUGUUCUGAAAGACGACGGGAAGCGCCGCAUUAAGUCCUGGCACCUUAGCUAUCCAUCAGUAUGCGCCGUCCGCCCAGUGUGCGGCGGCUUCUUUGUAGGCCACGGCGCCGCAACGGACCCCUGGGAGUUGUACAGGGUUCUAAAGCGCUUCUUCCAAUGCGGGCCUGAGGUUGGUAGACUACUCACUUUAAUAAGGGAGACGGGGUUCGACUAUAGGAUGCAUCCAGACUAUCUGGUUUCUGUCCUCCAUGAGCUCUUGGGAUCGCUUCUGUUCUAUCGUGAUGGCAGAAUGAUCUACGAGCGCGUGGGAGCCGUCAGGCUGUUGCUCGAUGAAAAAAGGGUGCAUGAGUGGAACCUUGAUGAGCGCCUCGAAGGAAUGCAUUGUAAGGAAGAGGAAGACGCCAAAUGGAGAAGUUUUGCACUUGCUCAUAGGUCACAGAUGGGGCUCCGACAUCUAACCACUCGUCAGGAAGAAGCCUUGGUCUGA